UCCCUGACAAAGUCUUAUGAACAAUUGAGUACUAUUAGUAGGACUAGUACACUAGCGGUUUUUGUGUACUUCUCAGAGUGAUAUAUAGAGAGAGAAGAAGAACCAAAAUCGAAAAUAAUGAAGGCUAUAGUGAUAACCACUCCGGGUGGUCCUGAAAUGCUGCAGCUACAAGACGUUGAAGACCCCAAAAUCAGAUACGACGAAGUCCUCAUCCGAGUUCAUGCCACCGCACUUAACAGAACCAACAUGUUUCAGAUAAAUGGAUCCUACCCUUCCCCUGAAGGUGCAAGUCCAUGCCCAGGUCUUGAGUGUUCCGGAACUAUCGAAUCCGUUGGCAAAAACGUUUCCAGGUGGAAAAUCGGCGAUCAGGUGUGUGCUCUUCUCAGUGGAGGAGGAUAUGCUGAGAAAGUUGCUGUUCCUGCUGGACAAGUUCUUCCGGUUCCACACGGGGUUUCUCUCAAGGAUGCAACUAGUUUUCCUGAGGUUGCAUGCACUGUGUGGUCAACUGUUUUUAUGACGAGCCGGUUAUCUCAAGGAGAAACCUUGUUGAUCCAUGGAGGUUCCAGUGGAAUCGGUACAUUUGCAAUUCAGAUAGCAAAAUACCAAGGAGCAAGAGUAUUUGUUACUGCAGGUAGUGAGGAGAAACUAGCUUUUUGCAAGGGUAUUGGAGCUGAUGUGGGCAUCAAUUACAAAACAGAGGACUUUGUUUCAAGGAUAAAGGAAGAAACUGGUGGUCAAGGUGUUGAUGUUAUUCUUGAUUGUAUGGGAGCAUCCUAUUAUCAAAGAAAUCUUGAUAGCUUAAAUUUUGAUGGUAGGCUUUUUAUUAUCGGCUUUCAAGGAGGGUUUUCUACAGAAGUAGAUCUCCGUGCUUUACUUGCCAAGCGUCUUACAGUACAAGGGGCUAGCUUGCGUGUUAGGAGUCCUGAAAAUAAAGCAGUGAUAAUUAGUGAAGUGGAGAAGAAUGUUUGGCCUGCAAUUGCAGAAGGAAAGGUUAAGCCUGUUAUCUUCAAAUCUUUCCCUCUUUCUGAAGCAGCCGAGGCUCACCGGCUUAUGGAAAGUAGCCAGCAUAUUGGCAAGAUAUUGCUUGUGCCUUGAACACCGUCGCAAAUAAUACAUCAUAUAUAUACCAAUAUAAUAAUCAUGAAGAGCAUGCAUAUAGUAAAUAUGUAUUUUCUUAAAUAUAAAAGUUUUUAAAGGAAUUACAACAUAUAU